CUACGUGUUGUUUUCACAUUUGCCCAUUUGCUCGUUUGUCGAUUUAUAGACUGUUGAUCUGAUUUAAAUGCAAUUUAUUGUAUUACGUGUCCUUUGUAGACAGAGAAGUGUCUUGUGAUUAUAUUUAGUGCUAUAAUAUUGUGUGAUCUUUCAUAAUUUAAUUCAGUAUUCUGAAUAAAACUUUCCAAAAUGUCUCGGGCAAGAAGCGAAUUUCGGUUUAUUCUGUACGCGGGCGGUAUAUUUGUUUGCUAUUUUAUUUUUGCAAUGUUACAAGAGAAAAUUACACGUGGAAAGUAUGGUGAUGGGGACAAGUUCACAUGUACUCUAUCUUUGGUGUUAGUUCAGUGUAUUGUGAACUAUGUAUUCGCGCAAAUACUAAUGGUGUCGUGGAAACAUGAAGUUGAUACAACUAAGAAAGUGUACUACUUUUCAUCAGCUCUGACCUACUUGUUGGGUAUGAUCAGCUCUAACAUGGCCCUGCAAUGGAUAAAUUACCCGACACAGGUUGUAGGCAAAGCAGCUAAACCAAUUCCAGUUAUGGUUCUUGGAGUAUUAAUUGGUCACAAAUCAUAUCCUCUCAAGAAAUAUUUAUUUGUGCUCUUGAUUGUUAUCGGAGUAGUACUGUUCAUGUACAAGGAUCAAGUCAAGAAAGGCUCAGAUGAUUCGCAAGGUUUUGGUGUCGGUGAAUUGCUAUUGAUUCUGUCUCUCACAAUGGAUGGUCUUACUGGUGCUGUCCAGGAAAGAAUCAAAAGUGAAUCUUCGCCUACAGCCUACUCCAUGAUGUUAAACACUAAUUGGUGGUCCACCAUUAUCCUGUCCAUCUGUAUCCCGCUGACUGGUGAAAUAUCCAGAUUCACAACCUUUGUAUCAACAUAUCCUGAGGUGCUACUGUACCUUGCUGGUUUGGCGUUUAUGGGAGCUUUAGGACAGCUAUUCAUAUUUUUCAUGGUGUCCGAGUUUGGCCCACUUCCAUGCUCCGUUGUGACAACGACAAGAAAGUUCUUCACCGUUCUAGCAUCUGUUAUUAUAUUUGGUAAUGUGCUCCUGGGGCGUCAAUGGAUUGGAGCUAUCUUCGUGUUUUCAGGAUUAUUCCUGGACAUUUUCUACAGCAAGGGAAGGAGCCCACAGAAGAAAGUAGUAGGAAAAUGAUCGAGAGCUAAAUAUUAUGUAAUAGUAUAAUUGACUAGGAAAGCAUUUUUUAUGUUAAAGUUGUUCCUUCCAUUAGCUAAAUUAUUUCUUGAUUAAUUUUCUAUGCAUAACUUACGCAUGAAUAAUAUAUUUUUUAUACAUAAGUAAUGUACAAAAAUUAUAUUGUAGACUUGUUUUAAUUAUAUUUCUAAGAUGUACGAGUAUACUUACUUUAUUUUUUAAAUUCAGUUAUUUAUAAGAAAGUUAUAAUUUUAUACUUUUAUUCAUUUUUAAUUGUCCAUUUAAGGCCGAUUUAUUGUCUGUGCUAUACGAUAGCGGCUAUUAUAGGACGACUCUUGCGAGAAUAUGAUUUUUAUUAGUGUUUAUUAAUAAUAUUGCAUUUAUUAUUACAUACAGUUCACAAAUAUUUUAAUGUACUGUUACCAAUCAUGACAAACAGUUAAUAUGUCGCGUAUUAAAUGUGAUACAUAAGUGAAAUAAAAUAUUUCAAAGUAA